GGUGCUUUUCGGCGCUGGCAUUUUUCGCAAGCCGCAAUGUACUUCCGGACGGAGCGGGCAAGGCCUGGCCAAAAGAAGCGUCGGCGGAUCCGGUCGUAGGUGCGGGAGACGCCAAGUGGGUAGCGCCGUUGCUUGGGGACAAGAACAAGAAUCAGCUCACUAUGGACAGCGUGAAAACAUCUAGUGUUGAGGUCACAGCAACGACAGCGAGAGCAUCACCUUCACGUAACGCGCAGUACCCCAUACAUGUGGAACCAAUGGGACUGACUCUGCCAGAACCCAGAGGCAUGCUUCCGCCACCUGCGCUGGCAACGACGGCAGCUUCGUCCACCAGGCUGCAGAUGCGGUCCGUCGCCUUCGCUGUGGCCGCUGCGAGUUCCUCGGUCGUGGCGGUGGUCGGCCUAGUCGUGCUGCUCGCUCACGAACUCGAGGAUCAGCAGUGCAGCAGCGACCAGUGCCUCGAGUUCGCCGCCCAGCUGGAAGACAGCAUGAACCUGUCCGCGGACCCCUGCGACAGCUUCUACGAUUUCGUCUGCGGUGGCUGGAACAGCAGCGACACUUCCGGGGCAACGCUCCAUCAGCGGUGGCAACAAAAGUUUAUGAAUGACGUCGUCGAGACAAGCAGGAAGGCACACAUUCCGACCGAGGGCCAAAGCGCACAGCAGAAGGCUGCCAUGUUCUUUCAGUCGUGCGAAAAUGUGCUUGCCUACAACUCCAGUGAAGCGCACGGACUUCAGAUGGCGCUUGCGGAAGCGGGCCUCUUCGUGCCAGUCUGGAAGCAGGAAUCGGACUUUGUGAAUGCCACGCUUUUUCUGAACGCUCGGAUGCAGCUGGAGACGGCGGUUCGAGUUUCUCUUUCGAAACAGCAACGCGGUGUCGACGGCUUCGGCGGCGGAUUCGUCCUUACAGUGCGCCCAAGUCGCGCGUUUCUCGAUUAUGCGUCGCACCGGAAAAGCGAUACGCGCACGAGGUUCGACGAGCAGUACCAUUCCCUGCGCAAGUACCUGGAGAACGACGAAGCAGUCACAAUGCCCGUUGAUGAGCUGUACGUAAUGCAGCAGAAAGUGCGCGGCCUUCUGCUCAAGUCCCUAAGGCAAACAGAUGGAGGUGUGGAAAACAACAGCUCCCGGAUACUGCCGUUUAUGCCGGAGUCGUCGUGGAUAGACUUCCUUCAGUCCUGCUACAUCAUCGCGAGCCGUCGCAUAACAUAUCAGUUUAAAAGUCCCGGUUUUCUCAGGGCAUACUUCGCUCUUCCUUCUCAGCUUGGAGCCAUAGUCUCGCAGCAGUACCUGCGAUGGUUUGUGAUGUCUACAUAUAUAGGCGCCUUCGACGGGCCUUCCUUCGCCCGCCGUUACGCAGACCAAACACAAGCUCUGAAAGAAAGAUCACGCUUCUGCUUUCGCGUUGUUCGCAGUAGCAUGGGUGCAGCGUUCACUUCCCAGCGUGUUCUGCAGUCAUUCGCCGAGGAAGUCAUCGACAGCAUGAAGGACUUGUUGCCGCGAGUGUACGCAGGCUUCCUGUCAGUGUUCGCACAAAACGCCUGGUUCAAGCCAACGUUCCACGCGCCGGACUACCGAAACGACUUCGGUCUUGUGCUGGGCAUGCUGGAAGCCUCCAAGCCGGCGAGACUUGAGGAAACGUACGCAGAAUAUAGCGACAUGUCCCACAGCUUCCUUGAGAACUGGAGACACGUGGCCGAGGCGAGGAUUCGUCGCCUGUGGAAGAGCUACGGCGACUUUGUGGCCGAAGAGGACGAAGAAAUUCACAUUCAUGACGAAGCCACUGCACCCAGAGCCGAAUCCGUGUACUAUAGGACGCGCCCCCAGAGCGCUGACUUCGAGCUGCUCCCCGAAGCGUCCGCGUUGCCCUUCUUGAGCAAAGACGCACCGCUGGAGCUCCGCCUGGCCGUCGCCGGUUCCGUGGCUGCCGACGCCCUGGCCACGCUGCUCUUCCAAGGGUACGAAGAGUGGGACGACGAGUCGCGCCGCGAAUUCGCCCUCCAGGUUCGCUGUCACCUGGGCCGCCGGGUACCACUGCCCGAACUUCGGCCCGCACAGCGACGCUCCAUGCUUCGCUUCCUGUCGCUCACGGCUCUGGCGGCGGCGUUGCACGAUCCUGACGCAGUCGAAUUGCCGCGCGGCGUGCAGGGACUUCCUGCGGGUGUGCGAGGCGCGCGCCUACUGUUCGCGGCGUGGUGUCUUCAGCACUGCGGCCGGCCGGGCGGCAGGAACAUGUGCGAUCGGCCGCUCGCCGAGAUGAUGUACUUCCACGGCGCCUUCUUCUGCUGCCCGCCGGCCGCCAUGUGGAAAGAAGACGCCUGCGCCGUUCUGUUCGAUUGACGUUACGAUUAGUAUUCUUCGUUCUUGCGUGGGUGAAACAAUGACACAAUG